AUGAAUCGUCGCUCAAAUUCUUUUGAUACUCCUCCAAUACCUAGAAGAGCUGGAGGGAGUAAUAACUCUAAUAACAAUAGUAAUAAUAGCAAUAGUACUACUAAUCAUAACAACUCUAAUAACAAUAAUCACAGCAAGAUUAAUGAAAAGAAAAGAAAAGUAUCAUCAAUUCAAUCUGAUUCAUCUACAACUACAACUAUAACUACAAGUAAUGGCAAAAUGAUAGAAGAGAUACCAGGAUAUUAUUAUGAUCAAGAAAAAGAUCGACAUUUUAAGAUUACAAGAGAAAAUAGAAAACAAGCAGAGGCGGCAAUGAAACAAUUAAAGAUUAGUACUGGUCAAUUAGAAGAAAAGAAAGAAUACAAGAAUGAUAAGGAGAGAUUAAAUGGGUGUGUCGCAUUCAACUCUUUACUCUUGAAAAGAGAGUUGUUUGGUACAAAGAAAUGUUUAUCAUGUAAAUUAAAGGAAUUGUAUAUAAUGGAUAAUGAUGAUGAAAAAGAUAAAGAUAAAGAAGAAGAAGAAGAAGAUGGUCAACAACAACAACAACAACAACAACAACCGUUGCAAUUUAAAUUCUUAAAUACAAGUGAAUUUUCAAUGAUUGAACCAUUGAUGCAAACAAUAUCAAUCAAUAAUAAUAAUAAUAAUGGACAACAACCAUCAGACAAGAUAUCAGUUGCAUCUGGUUUAAUAUGUACAAAUCAUAGAACUGGAUCAUUGGGUACAUUUUGGAUUGGUGUUGAAAAUCAAAAACAACAACAACAACAACAAAUAUCAUCAGAUGAUGAUGAUCAACAAUCAACAACAUCUUCUAUUUCAUCUUCUUCAUCUUCAUCACAUAAUUUAAAUUCAAGUAAUUAUAAUAUAGUUAAUAGUAGUAGUUUUACAUUUUCAUUGUUGGAUCAAACCAAACCUAUACCAUCAUCGAGAAACAAGUUAUCAUUGUUUUUAAAUUAUACUACUGAAAAGUCGAGUAAUAGUUUAAUAUCAUCGAUACGAUCGUUUCAAGGUCAAGGUGUGGCAAUAUCUUAUUUGGGUGGAGAAGGAUGUAAUGGUAGUAUCAAGGUUUUAUCACCUUUUGAUCAUGACCAAAUCUUUUCCUUUGAAUUGGAGCAUCGACAAAGUGCUUGGACUGUAGAAUGGCAUCCUAGCGGACAAGUUUUGGCAGUUGGUGGAAGUGGCACUAUUUACCUGGUUGAUGCAUUACGUGGCGGCGGCGGUCAACCUUUAAAAUCAUUAUUUGUUUCAAAAAGUGAUAUAUUCUCUUUGGAUUUCAACUCUAGUGGUCAAUUAUUGGCAAGUGGUUCACGUGAUGGUAAAUUAAGAUUAUUUGAUAUUAGAUUACCAGAAGCAAUAUCAACAACAACAACAACAACAACAACACCGACAACAACGACAACAUUACAAUUUAAUCAAAAAAAGAAUCCAAAAGAAAAAGAUAUCAAAUCAAUUGUCAAUAGUCCAAUAUGUUCGUUAAAGUUUCUACCACAAGACGAUAAUUAUUUAAUAGUGUCUACGAUGAAUGGUAAAAUGGUAAAGUGGGAUCGGAGAGUUGGAAAACAAGUCAUAGAGUAUCAACAUCACGUCAAUAGUCAUAGUUUGUUAAGAGUGUCUGUCAGUAGCGACAAUCAAUUUAUGGCGUCUGGCGGUGAAGAUAAAUGUAUCAGACUAUGGGAUCUCAACAAUGGUCACCUAUUACGUACACUUGGUCCAUUUAACAGUAUUGUUCAAUCGACUGUCAUUGUCAAUAAUUGGUUUGACGAGUAUUCAAAUAUGUGUGUCUUGGGUAAUACCAACGACAUUUCAUAUCCUUCAACAAUCAAUCAAAAUAGUUUAUUAAAUCCUUUUGAUCAAAUCUCAUCACUAGAUCAAAGUGGACAACGACAAAGACAAGAAGAAAAUAAUAGUAUAGAUAAUAAUAAUAAUAAUAAUAAUAGAGGAUAUUAUUAUGAACCGGUUUUAUGUUUUAAUCCAGCUGGCUCUAUCAAAUCAAAUCAAGGUGCGCAUUUUGAUCAAAGCGUAUUAAUACAAUUACAACUACAACAACAACAAUUACAUUUAAAAGUGUGA